CACGCAGCUCCUUUGUCCGGCGACCACCGCGCCUCCGGCGGCAGCUCAUUUCCGAUUCCAAAUUUGAGCUUCAAGGCCACUGAAAAUUGGGUAAACCUCAAUGACUACUGAUCACAAUCAAGCCCCAUCAGUUUCCAUUAUGUGUGCAAAGAUGUUGUCUCUCAAGCAACAUGUUGAAUAUCGUUACUGAUUAUCAGAUGGAUACUCGCCUUCUUGAAUGAUGAAGUCAAAGAAAGAUGUUGGGAUCAAAGAGAAGCCUUGCCUGGAGAGCCCAUUUGUGCUGUAUGCGGCCGCUAUGGUGAGUACAUUUGUGAUGAGACCGAUGAUGAUAUUUGCAGUCUCGAGUGUAAGCAGUCUCUUCUCAGUCGGUUAUCAAAAUCAAAGGCUUCAUGUGAGCAACCAUCCUCGACAAAACUUAUGGCAACGGAUGAAUGCUACUAUGUUCGAGAUGGAAAUAAUGAAUCUGAGCCUCGAUGUCUAAGCAAUAGUCAGACCGAGUUGCUCAGGAGAAAGCUUGAAAUAUCCGUACAGGGAGAUAAUACCCCAGACCUUGUUCUGUCAUUUGCUUCGUGUAAUCUUCCUCAUAAGCUCCUUCUAAAUCUAGAAGCAGCAGGAUAUGAAAUGCUGACUCCUGUCCAAAUGCAGGCAAUUCCAUCUGCACUAUUAGGCCAGAGUUUGCUCGUCUCAGCUGAGACUGGCUCUGGGAAAACUUGUUCCUUCCUCGUCCCAGUUAUCUCUCACUGUACAAAGGUAAAUAACAACCCCCAAAAGCCAUUAGCGAUGGUCCUCACACCUACGAGAGAGCUCUGUAUACAGGUGGAGGAACAGGCAAAGUUACUUGGUCAAGGUUUACCUUUCAAAACUGCCCUGAUUGUCGGUGGUGAUGCCAUGGCAGGACAAGUUCAUCGAAUCCAGCAGGGAGUCUCUAUGAUUGUCGGGACCCCGGGGAGGCUUAUUGAUCUUCUCACAAAGCAUGAAUUUGAAUUGGAUUCUAUAUCAAUUCUAGUGAUCGAUGAAGUGGAUUGCAUGAUCGGGAGGGGAUUCCGUGAGCAAGUCAUGCAGAUUUUCAUGGCUUUGUCCCGGCCCCAAGUGUUGAUGUACUCUGCGACAAUCUCAAUAGAAGUCGAGAGGGUGGCUGGUUCGAUGGUGAAAGAUCUCGCUGUUAUAUCAGUUGGCAAGCCCAGCAAACCUAGCAAGGCUGUCAAGCAGCUGGUGAUAUGGGUAGAGUCAAACAAGAAGAAGCAAAAGCUUUUCGAUAUACUCACAAGCAAACAGCAUUUCAAGCCGCCGGUCGUGGUGUUUGUGGGUUCUAGGCUAGGGGCGGAUCUCCUCUCUGAAGCCAUAACAAUAAAAACUGGGGUGAAAGCUGUAUCAAUACAUGGAGAGAAAAAAAUGAAGGAGAGAAGAGAUAUAUUGAGGUCAUUCUUGGUUGGCGAGCUCAGUGUGAUUGUGGCCACAGGAGUGUUGGGACAGGGGAUCGACCUGCUGUCUGUGAGGCUGGUGGUCGUGUUUGACAUGCCGAAUUCCAUGAAAGAAUACGUGCACCAGAUCGGGAGGGCGUCGAGGAUGGGAGAGGAUGGUGCAGCUAUGGUUUUUGUGAAUGAGGAGAACAAGAAACUGUUUCCUGAGUUGGUGGAGCUCUUAACACUGAGUGGCGAUUCGAUUCCUUGUGAGCUCGCCAUUGCGAAUUCACGAUGCUCAGUCUCAACCAGCAAGUUUCACAAGAAAAGAAAGUAUGUUCACUCAAGGUUUAUGAAGAGAUUUGAAGAUCAAGCUUUGCAGCCCAAGAACAGGAUGCGACGAAGACUUUUAAAUUGUGGAAAAUAGAAAACCCUCUUUUGAGAUGAAACGUGUAGAAGCUUUAUUGAUUAUUGCCAAUCUUGUUUGUGCUACUCAACUAACUAGCUCAUACAUGUAUUUAUACUAACUACACAACUAAAAGAAUGAACAAGAUCUUCAUUCCUGAUCUA